UAGUAGUCCAGUGUUUUGUGUAAUUUUUUUUAGCAUCAUUAGGUACAUUGUUUCUGUAUAAAAUAUAAAUUGAAAGCAGCAUGUAUCAACAAGUAAGAAAACUAAUAUCUUUUCCCUUCAAAAUCCGAUUUUUCGAAACAAAACGAUAUUUUAAUAAUACGUAUGUAGACGUGCAAGAUGAGGUUAAGUUUGGUUUGGAAACUGGAAAACCUAUUGUUGCUCUAGAAUCUACAAUAAUAACGCACGGUAUGCCCUAUCCAGAUAACAUCGAAUGCACGUUUGAUGUAGAAAAUAUAAUAAGGGGAAAGGGUGCAAUCCCAGCCACCGUGGCUAUCAUAAAGGGUAGGAUUAAAGUAGGCCUCUCUAAAGAAGAACUUGCAUAUCUAGGUGAUAAGGAAAUAAGUAAUCCAAUUAAAACAUCACGAAGAGAUCUCCCUUAUCUGGUUAGUAACAAAUUAAAUGGGGGUACGACAGUCUCUGGUACUUUGAUCGUUGCUAAUAAAGUGGCUAUACCAGUUUUUGCCACCGGAGGUAUUGGUGGUGUUCAUAGAGAGUUCAAUAAGACCUUAGAUAUAUCAGCAGAUCUUACCGAAUUGGGGAGAUCUGGGGUUGCUGUGGUGUCUAGUGGAGUGAAGUCCAUUUUGGACAUCCCAAAAACACUAGAAUAUUUGGAGACCCAGGGGGUAUUUGUGGCAACUUUCGGAAGUAAUAGAGAGUUUCCGGCAUUCUAUUCAAGAGUAAGUGGAAGUCAGGCGCCUUAUAAUGUGAAAAAUGCACUCGAAGCCGCCACAAUAAUCAAGUACAAUAGGGAUUUAGAUUUGUGUUCAGGCAUGCUAUUUGCCGUUCCAGCUCCUGAAGAAUAUGCCCUUCAACCGGCCAUUAUUAAUAAUGCCAUAGAAGAAGCUUUAAAAAGAAACAAAGAGCAUAGGAAAGUGGAGGGGAAAGAUGUAACUCCUUAUCUUUUGUCGGAGGUGGCAAAAAUAACUGGUGGAAAAUCUUUGAAGACCAAUAUUGCUUUAAUUAAAAACAACGCGAAAGUUGCUGCUGAAAUUGCCGUUGAACUGGCAAAAUUGGAUGAAAAUCAUGAAAGUAGAUGCACAGGACUUUAUGACACGCAAACGUUAAAGGGCAAACCUGUGGUGAUUGGAGGCUCCAACUUGGAUUGCAGCGUCAACUUAAGCUCUUCAGACAUAAAGCUGGACGGCAGAAUCCACGAUGGGCGCUUCUCGUACACAGCCGGAGGGGUUGGCAGAAACAUCUGCGAAUCACUGUCUAAGCUUGGCUACCCUCCAAACUUCAUAUCGACAGUGGGUGAUGACGAACAGGGAAAACUGCUGAAAACAUUCAUUCCUCCAGGAAGCCAGCAUAUGCUGAGGGUGCUGAAAGGUCACAACACAGCACAGUGCAUUAUUGUCUUCGAUAGGAAGGGUGAAUGCAAAUUCUUGAUGGGAGACAUGCAGAUUCACCAGCAAAUCACUCCCGAGGUGAUUCAACUAAAUGAAGAUAUCAUAAAAACAGCACCGCUGAUAGUCUUGGAUGCCAAUCUAAGUCUAGAAUGCUUCGAAAGUACCCUCAAAUUGGCCACAAAGUACUCCAUACCAGUGUUGUUUGAACCAACAGAUGUGGAAAUAUCCGACAAACCCUUUAAAACCCCUUACUGGAAAGCUAUAAAACUCAUUACACCUAAUUUAAAUGAACUGAAGCAUGUUACAACUUUCUUAAACAUUCCAAAAAAUACAACUAUUUCGAGCCCUCUAGAUGAAGCCAUAUAUCUUGCUAAACAGCUUGCAUCGGGUUGGAUAGAAAAUGUAAUUGUAACGCUUGGUCCAUCUGGAGUGCUAAUAGCCAGAAGAGGUCUGGCGACGGAUUCAUUGCUAAACUAUCAACAGACUAGUGAAGUACUUGUUCGGCACUAUCCUUGUAACGUGAUAGAAGAUUUUGUUAAUGUCAGCGGAGCUGGAGAUUGUUUAGCAAGUGGGAUAGUAGUGGGUAUCCUUAAAGGGUUAUCUGAAGCGCGAUGUCUGUCGAUUGGGUUCUCUGCCGCAAAGUCAGCUUUAUAUUCUCAAUCUGCCGUUCCUGAACAAAUGUUAGGAGAAACUCUGGUAUCAGGAAAUGUUGAAUCGUCGUUUCAAACAAUACAUCUGUAAUUCAAGAAAUGCCUGACUUUAUUUUCCUGCUGCAUUUACAAUAAAAUAAAUCUAAAAAACUGUUAA